AUGUCGCAGGACUGUGCUGAUGCCAAUCUGUCCGCAGAGGGCUUGAAGAAACUCUUCUCGGGAGCUACGAUGGCAUCCAGCCGAGGGGCCCUAGUCACCAUUGGGCAGCUCUCCUGUUAUGACCAGGCCAAGCAGCUGGUUCUCACGACUGGGUUGCUGUCAGACAACAUCUUCACUCACUUCCUGGCCAGCUUCAUCGCUGGCGGAUGCGCCACAUUCCUGUGCCAGCCCCUGGACGUGCUCAAGACCCGCCUCAUGAACUCCCAGGGGGAGUACCGGGGUGUUACCCACUGUGCCGUGGAAACUGCCAAGCUCGGCCCCCUUGCCUUCUACAAGGGCUUCGUUCCUGCUGCCAUCCGGCUGGUUCCUCACACUGUCCUCACCUUUGUCUUCCUGGAACAGCUGCGCAAAUACUUUGGGAUCAAAGUGAUCACCUGA